AUGAAUAAAUCUAGAAACCAAUCCUCAGUGCACAUUAUUUCAAACAUUAUAAAACAUAGCGAGGCAGCUAGAUGGCUCAUUGCAUACCAGCAAGCCAAGUAUCCACAAGUUAACUAUCCAAGAAGACAAAACCAAUUUUGGAGCCCUCUCAUGCUAGCUAUUUUCACAGUGGUAAUUGUGAUAAUCAUAGUGAUCGCCAUCGGUAUUGUUGCCCGUGUUGUCAUUGCAGAUGAAAGGACCUUCUAUUAUAUUGUCACCUUUAAGAUUACCAACAUCAAAUAUAAAGAGAAAUAUGGAAGAAAAACUUCAAGAGAAUUUGUAGAACGGAGUCAUCAGAUUGAAAGAAUGAUGUAUAAGAUAUUUCGACAGUCAUCUCACAGAGGAAGAUAUAUCAAAUCCCAUGUUAUCAGACUGAGCCCUGAUAAAGAUGGUGUGAAUGUCCUUAUGCUGUUCCUUUUUCGCUACCCUUCCUCAAUUGGUGUAGUAAGAAUUAAGAAAAAAAUUGGAAGUACGCUAUAUCAAGCCCUGAAAACCAAAAAGUUUUCUUUGGCCAUAAGUAAUUCUUCAAUUAAAAUCACACCCAUUGAUUCCAUGAAGACAAGGGACCUUCUCAACAGCCGUUGCGGGAUACGUACAACCUCAUCAUACCUGCCAUUGACAUCAGCGUCAACAACUGAGAGGAUAGUCAUGGGAACUACUGCUGCACUAGCAGGAGAGUGGCCAUGGCAAGCCAGCCUCCAGUUAAGGGAUUCUGGCCAUCAGUGUGGUGGCAGCUUGAUCAGUAACACCUGGAUUGUGACUGCAGCUCACUGCUUUCAGAAAACCAAGAAUCCAAGACAAUGGAUUGUGACAUUUGGAACAACUAUCACACCACCUUUAGCAAAACAAAAUGUUGACACAAUUAUUGUUCAUGAAAAAUACAAUAAUAUUACACAUGAAAAUGAUAUUGCCUUGAUGCAGCUAGCUGGAAAUGUUGAAUAUUCUAAUGAGAUCCAACGAGUUUGCCUCCCAGAAUCUUAUAUAAAAUUGCCACCUCAAACAAGUGUGUUUGUCACUGGAUUUGGAUCUGUAGUAGAUGAUGGACCAACCCAAAACCUUCUUCGCCAAGCCAGAGUGGAAAUCAUUAGCACUGAUGUGUGUAAUGGAACAGAUGUCUAUAAUGGUCUUAUAAAAAAAGGAAUGCUAUGUGCUGGAUUUAUGGAAGGAAAAGUUGAUGCUUGUAAGGGUGAUUCUGGUGGACCCCUGGUUUAUCCUGAUAACCAUGACAUCUGGUACCUUAUCGGAAUAGUGAGUUGGGGAGAAUCAUGUGCUCUUCCCAAAAGACCUGGAGUCUACACGCAAGUGACUCAGUAUCGGAACUGGAUUAACUCAAAAAUUGGUCUCUAA